AUGCCUGUGACUAUCAAAGCAAAUGUCAAAGAAAAGACAAUUCAUACAAAGCUACUCAAUCAAGAUGAUUUUGCAACUUUUGGGACUGUGAUUCAAAACCCCGCACCAGCGGUGAUCCCAUCAUCAACGAUCAAAACCUUACCACCAAAUGCGGUACAAGCCAACCAAGGUACCGCGCUCAAAUACAUAGAUGUCACGCAUAUGAAGGAUUACUACGGGAGCGCUCCUAGUCAACGGGUCGCGAAUGCAGUCAUGAACAUGUUUGUAUGCGCACCUCGCUCGCUUCUCCCGUCUCACGAUAGCAAUAUCGGGGGGUUAUUCCCGGUCACCAUACUUGAAAGACAUCCUUUCACGACUCAAACAUUCAUACCUCUCGGGAUAUCACCCUCGGAGCAAGAAGAUGUAUGUUACUUGGUUGUCGUAGCACCGAGUUUAACGCCGUCAUCAGUCGAUGAAACCUUACCUGUCCCCGUUCUCUCCCCUCAAACAAGCACGAGUGAUGAUAAUGUCGAGAACCUGCCCGGUCGCGGUUUACCGGACCUGAAUAGAAUUCAGGCUUUCUUAGCGAAUGGUUCACAGGCGGUCACUUAUGGGGCGGGGACCUGGCAUGCUCCGAUGGUGGUCGUGGGGAAGAAGCCCAUUGAUUUCGUCGUGGUGCAAUUUGCAAACGGGGUAGGAAUUGAAGAUUGUCAAGAGGCAGAGCUGGAGACAACGGAUAAGGAUAUAUGCGUGGCAGUCCCCAAGUUGUCAAGAAAUGCGACUCCCGUUCUUUACGAUCCCGUGGUAGUAAAGACGUUGAUGCACAUCAUCUCCAUUGCCUUGGUCGGCGACCUAGACUGUCGACCACGAUAUGUACCUAUAGAGGUCCCCGAUACCUCUGCAAUGGAAGACUACAUAUUUUCACAUGUACAUAAGAACUAUGAGGAUAAAUACAAUGCCGUCCCAAUAAGGGCAGCCCCCCAGAUCUCGAUGAUUCCAAUUGACAAUGUAUUCCGAAAUGAUACUCUCAGAUGA